AUGCUCAACUCUCGCCGCGCCAUCGUGGCAGCGGUUUUUAUACUAGCCGUAUUCUUUCUUAUGACACGGUCUCACUCCUCGACACCUGUCGUUCCAGCUGCUCAGAAUGCUGCCGCUACCGCCGAUACAACCAAGAAUGACGCCCCUGCCUCGAACGAAGCCGUGUCACCACCGCCCGAAGAACAAAAGGAGAUGGAGAUCAAGGAGCGUCGCACGCGGCCUCGCAUCGACAUGUCGGGAAUGACGACCUAUGAGAAGCUCGAAUACGCUUAUCCUUACGACGUUACCUCCAAGUUUCCCGCCUACAUCUGGCAAACCUGGAAGCAGAGCCCCGAUCAGGGCGAUUUCCAAUUCAAGGACCACCAUGCUUCCUGGAGAGAAGAGCACCCCAACUUCGUCCAUGAGGUCGUCACUGACGACGUUGCUAUCAAUCUGAUUCGCCUGCUUUACGCUACCGUUCCUGAGGUCGUUGAGGCCUACCGAAGCCUCCCCAUGCCCGUCCUGAAGGCUGACUUCUUCCGCUAUCUUAUUCUGUUCGCGCGCGGUGGCAUCUACUCUGACAUUGAUACUUAUGCUAUCCAGAGCUCUGUCAGGUGGUUGCCCGACCAAAUUGCUCGCGACACCAUCGGUUUGGUCAUUGGUAUUGAGGCAGAUCCUGAUCGCCCUGAUUGGGCUCAGUGGUACAGUCGCCGUAUCCAGUUCUGCCAAUGGACGAUUCAAGCCAAGCCUGGACACCCAGUGCUCCGCGACAUCAUUACCCGAAUCACUCGAAAGACAUUGGACGAAAAGCGCAAGGGCAGUCUAGAUAAGUUCCUUGACCGUAACGUUGUUGAGUUCACAGGCCCGGCUGUAUGGACAGAUGCCAUCAUUGACUACUUCAAUGACGCACGAUUCUUCGAUAUGUCGCAAAGCAAGGGAGCAAUUGACUACAAGAACUUUACUGGCAUGGAGACAAGUAAGCGAGUGGGCGAUGUGGUUGUGUUGCCCAUCACAAGCUUCUCACCUGGAGUGGGACAGAUGGGCUCAAAGGAGCCCGAUGACCCCAUGGCUUUCGUCAAGCAUGACUUUGAAGGAACAUGGAAGCCCGAGAGCGAGCGUCAUAUGGGCGAGCAGCAGCAGGAAGAAGGACAACAGGCACCCUUGCAGCAGGAGCAACAGCAGCCAGCCCAACAGCAGCCAGCUCAGCAACAACAACAGCAGCCACCGGCUCAGCAGCAGGAGCAACAGCAACAGCAACAGCAACAGCCAGCCCAGCAGCAACCUCAGCAAUAA